CCGGCCGGCUCCCGCCCCUCGCAGCCAUCUUGAAUUUCUGAACAAAAACGGAUGAGACAGGGGGUAGAAAUAGGUUGUUAAUAAGAUAAGAGAUAGGUCUUACAGAAAGACUGAUGUAACAACAACGUUUUAAUGAAGAGGGAGCGGGUGAGGAGGAACACCGCGUCCCACUUUGAUAGUGUUUGCUAGUAGCUUUUUAGCUUGCUGACAUUUAGGUCUAACACAGAUCUGCACGGCCAGCUUGGGAGAUUGAAAGAAUUCACUGAAGACGGACGAGGGAGAAGCCAGUGGAGGGAUAGCUAACCGUGAAGAAAAUGGAUCGUAUAGACUGAGCGGAAUCCGUGUCGAAAAAGACAGAGGAGUGGAGAGAAAGAAUUAUUCGUAGCUGUCUUGCUAGGGCAUCUGAUUAAACCACGGCGCUGGACAUGCCGUCGAGCGUGAGGGCCGGGAGCCUGAAGGAUCCCGAGGUGGCCGAGCUCUUCUACAGGGAGGACCCCGAAAAGCUCUUCUCUGACCUGCGGGAGAUCGGCCAUGGCAGCUUCGGGGCCGUCUACUUCGCCCGCGACAUCCGCACCAAUGAGGUGGUGGCCAUUAAGAAGAUGUCCUACAGCGGCAAGCAGUCUAACGAAAAAUGGCAGGACAUCAUCAAAGAAGUGAAGUUCCUGCAAAAGUUGCGACAUCCCAACACUAUCGAGUAUAGAGGAUGCUACCUCAGAGAGCACACAGCUUGGCUGGUGAUGGAGUAUUGCUUAGGUUCAGCAUCUGACCUCCUGGAAGUUCAUAAGAAGCCACUACAGGAAGUGGAAAUUGCUGCUAUUACCCAUGGUGCACUGCAGGGUUUGGCAUAUCUUCACUCUCACAACAUGAUUCACAGGGAUGUUAAGGCAGGUAAUAUCUUGCUGACCGAGCCUGGUCAGGUGAAGCUGGGGGAUUUCGGCUCGGCCUCCAUCAUCGCCCCCGCCAACUCUUUCGUGGGCACGCCCUACUGGAUGGCCCCAGAGGUGAUCCUCGCCAUGGACGAAGGGCAGUAUGAUGGGAAGGUGGACGUGUGGUCGCUUGGCAUUACCUGCAUAGAACUGGCGGAGAGGAAGCCCCCUCUGUUCAACAUGAAUGCUAUGAGUGCCUUAUACCACAUCGCCCAGAAUGAGAGCCCUGUUCUGCAGUCCAACCACUGGUCAGAUUAUUUUCGAAAUUUUGUAGACUCCUGCCUGCAGAAGAUCCCCCAAGAUAGGCCUACCUCUGAUGUACUACUCAAGCACCGGUUCCUGAGCAGAGAGCGUCCCCUGUCCGUGGUCUUGGACCUGAUCGCCCGGACGAAGGACGCAGUGAGGGAGCUGGACAACCUGCAGUACCGCAAGAUGAAGAAGAUCCUGUUCCAGGAGACGCACAAUGGCCCCGCCCCCGAGGGCGGAGAGGAGGAGGAGGAGGUGGAGCAGUACAUGCUGCAGACGGGCACGGUGAACAGCAUGGAGAGCUCCCACUCGGUCCCCUCCAUGUCCAUCAGCGCCAGCUCCCAGAGCAGCUCCGUCAACAGCCUGGCGGACGGCUCGGACGACAGCGGCGAGAUGGCCAUGAUGCAGGAGGGAGAGCACACCGUCACCUCCAACAGCUCCGUCAUACACAGGCCCCCGGUCAGUGCCUCAUGGGGCCAUGAUAACAUCUAUGACGACCCGUACCAGCCCGAGAUGGACGCCCAGCCGCAGGCGCCCUCGGGAGCUCGCCGGCGGGGUUACUACCGCAACCGGGACCACUUCGCCACCAUUCGCACUGCCUCCCUGGUGACGCGGCAGAUCCAGGAGCACGAGCAGGGCUCGGCCCUGCGGGAGCAGAUGUCGGGCUACAAGCGCAUGCGGCGGCAGCACCAGAAGCAGCUGAUGGCGCUGGAGAACAAGCUGAAGGCCGAGAUGGACGAGCACCAGCUGCGGCUCGACAAGGAGCUGGAGACCCAGAGGAACAGCUUCGGAGGGGAGGGCGAGAAGCUGAGCAAGAAGCACCAGGCCAUCCUGGAGAAGGAGGCACAAAAGCUGACUGGCAGACUGAGGCAGCCCCCCGGGGACGGGGAGCGCCUGAGCAGGAUUACGGUCGACCCGCUCGCGGCUCGCCUGAGCCGAGUCGGCGGACGGGACCCGGGGAGUAACGGUGCGGCCCCUCUCUCUCCGUCUGUCUGGCCCCAGACUAAGGCCGCGCUGGCCGAGGAGAAGAAGUUCCAGCAGCACAUCCUGAGCCAGCAGAAGAAGGAGCUCUCCAGCCUGCUGGAGUCCCAGAAGCGCCAGUACCGCCAGCGCAAGGAGCAGCUCAAAGAGGAGCUGAACGAGAACCAGUCCACCCCCAAGCGGGAGAAGCAGGAGUGGCUGGUGCGACAGAAGGAGUGCCUUCAGCAGAUGCAGGCGGAGGAGGAGGCGGGGCUCCUGCGCAGGCAGAGGCAGUACUACGAGCUGCAGUGCAGGCAGUACAAGAGGAAGAUGCUGCUGGCGCGACACAACCUGGAGCAGGACCUGCUGAGAGAGGACCUGAAUAAAAAGCAGACGCAGAAGGACCUGGAUUGCGCCAUGCUGCUGCGGCACCACGAGUCCACCCAGGAGCUGGAGUUCCGGCAGCUGGCCUCGGUGCAGCGCACGCGGGCCGACCUGAUCCGCACGCAGCAUCAGACCGAGCUCACCAACCAGCUGGAGUACAACAAGCGCCGCGAGCAGGAGCUGCGGCAGAAGCACGCCGUGGAGGUGCGCCAGCAGCCCAAGAGCCUCAAAGUGAGUGAGACUGAGCAGCAGCAGCAGCAGCAGCCGCGGGAGGAGGGGCCCGGGGAGGAGGGGGAGGAGGAGCCUGAUGGAGGGGGCGGGGACCCGAGCGCUGCCGUGGCGACGCCGGAGGGAGGGCCCAUCGCCCAGGAGGGCGGGGCUGAGGGGGAGGAGGGCGGAGAGAAGGGAGGGGUCGCGAGCGACGGUAGCGCUCUGGGAGAGGACUCGGAAGCUGCGGGGGCGGAGGGUGUAACCGCCCGGGAUACAGAGGGAGGAGAAGACCAGGGCAGGGAAGGCGGCAGUGAGGAGGAGGCGGGGGAAGUGGGAGCAGAGACAGAGAACGGCGCCUCCGUUGGCGGCGAAGCGCAGGAAACGGAGGGACGCGGGGAGGAGAGCGGCGAUGCCAGCCCCGCCCUUCGCGCCGACGCAGAGAGGGGGAAGGAGGGAGAGGAGGGGAGAGCGAGUCAUGGAGCGCAGGAGAAAGAGGAGGCGGCGGUGGCUGAGGAGCAGUGGGAGGGCGGGGAAGCAGGGAGGGGCGAGAGGCUGCUGGAGGGAGUGGAAUGGGAGGACGAAGAAGCGAGCGAGACGGAAACCGAGUCUGACGAUGAUGAGGAUGAGGACGAGGGCCGGGGCGUGGCGGACGGGUGUCCCUCGGAGCUGAUCUCUCUCUCCCUGGAGCGAGGGAGGAGGGCGCGGGAGGCCGACGAGCUCUCAGAGUUCUACUUCCCCGACUCUUUAGAACUGGAACCCCCUCCCCUCUCUGCCCCGCCCGCUCCCCCGCCCGCCCCGUCCUCUCUCCCCUCCAUCUUCUCCCACGGUGUGUGUCUCCUUCUCUGCCUGUCUGCUGCGGCUCGCCCGUCCCUCCCCAUUCUCCUGCUCCUCUCCGUCUUUCUGCUUUCCCUCCGCCGCUCUCCCCCGCUCCCCUCUCUGGCCUCGCUCCUCCUGUCCGGAGAGCUGGCCCUCCUCGCCCUCUUCUUCUCCUACCUCUUCCUGAGGUCCUGCUGCUCUGUCUCUCUCUCCCUCUACCUGUCUCUGGCUCUCUGGGGCUGUGGCCUCUUCAGCCUGGGCCUGUCCCUGAGCCUGGGCCUCUAUUACGUGCCUGUGGCCCUGGUCUCGGCCCCUUUCCUCAGCUCGCCUUCCCUGUUCCUCUCCCUCUACCUCCUCGUGGUCCUGGUGGUCCGCCCUGCCCGGGUUUUCCUUCAGAAAGCCCCAAAGAAACUCAACCGCCUCUGGAUGAGGUUUCUGUUCCGACUCCCCAAGCCCUUAUUCACCAUUUGCCAGUCGCUUCUGGGCGGUCUGGCUGAGAGGAGUUUGUAUGACAUGUUCCCAAAAGCAGGCAGAAAUUGGGGGGUACGCCAGUCCAAAAUCCCUGUCCCCCUCCGGACCCUCCCCGUGGAGUAUCACUCCAAGCAAAAUCAAUGCUCUCUGGCUUCUAGAUGUUUGCUUUGGGUCAGGCGCUUUCUUAGACGCCCGAUAGGGGUCUUCGCUGACUGGGCAAACUCAGUUGUGCUGAAGCUGGCUGGCCGGGUCCUCAGGGAACUGCCACAGGGCCAUUUGGCUAAACUGAGGACCUUCGGUUUGUUGAGAGAAGAGAGAGCCAGCAGGUUACCCAAGCUGUUGCCUAGGGAGGUGCGGGAGCAGAGAGAGAGGCAGAGGAGGCAAAGGGAGAGGGAGAGGAGGAGGUUGGAGGAGAGGGACAAGUUGUAUAGGGAAGGGGGUCGGUGGGAGUGCGGGUUGAGACGAACGGCUUCGGGGAGAAGCGUGCGAGGCAAGAUUGUUCCCUGGAGGUAGUGUGAACAGAGGAGAGAACGCAUGUGCGAGUGAUUGCAAGCGUAUGUCUUUCAUUGUCCGUCUGUACGUAUGUGGAUGUGUGUGACUUGUAUCAGUCUUAUUCUGAAAUCAUAUUAUUCACUGUUGUUGGAUCAAGCACCAGCCCCAAAAAUGUCUUAUCGACUGAAUGUGAAUGUUAUUUCGGAAGUGUAUAUGUCACUGUAGUUUUGUGUGUGUCAGUGGUGGUUUGUGAGCUGAAAACAGAAGAGGCACAGACUUUAACUUUAGAUCAAUCAUAUCUCCCAACGUGUUCUCAGCUGUCUUCAGUUAACAGUCCAUUUUAGUAUCCAGUUAAUUCACUGAAUGAUCAAUACCAAUAGGUGGGGUGAUACCAGUAGUAUCUUGUGAUAGCUUUACUGUUCGUUACAUUAAAACCCGUGCAGCAUUUUCUUAUAUCCAUGGGUAAACUUCUGGACCACAGUGCUUUGUUUUUUGUCCAAUUUCUGUGAAUAUUGAUAACACAAGAUAUUUCAUCUUAUCAAUUGGUAUUGGUUCUGUGAAAGCUUCCAGUUGUUGGAUUGUUAAUCAAGGGAAAUGAACAGAAAUGGGUUGAGUGCAAUACUUAGCUUAAAGAGAAGUUUGUGGGGUGGCUUAUCCAGUUAUACGGUGCCGAUCUCGUUCUAGUGCCUGGAUGGGCCCCAUGGUCUGGAAUAACAUCCUGUAAGUGCCAGUGCUGUCUGGCUGGUAGCCCCACAGGGCCAAGCAUAACUGUCCGUAGCAUCGCCUCGGGGUUAGGGAUAAUUCAGCCCGCAGGGAUUUGCAUCUGGUCCUUCUCUAGUGACCCCCGCUGGUCAGUCGGGCACUUGCAAGUCCUCCUGUAAAGCUGUCCCCAAAGUGCCUUCCUCUGACUCCUGUCUGUGCGAGCCCGGCUUGCUGAGUGGUGCUGGUCUGCGCUCUCCUGAUUCGACAGCGGAAUGACUAAUGACUGCUAUUGGGCAUUCCAAAUUGGGAGAAAAACGGUGAAAAAGCAACAAAAAAAACAAAGUUCUGUGCCUCCUCCAUUUCACUGGCGUGUGGUAUGUGAGCGUGAACGUGUGCGCAUGCAGUGUCUUCUCUUCUCCCCAACCAUUGUCUGUAGCUCAGUGUAGUUCCAGCGUCAAUCCAUAUUCUGCUUUUUGUAAAAGUUUAUACGGUUUACAGUUUAUUUUGUUAUUCUAAAAGAAAUGUGUUGUCUGUAUGGUUCUUGUUAAUGCCAUGGUGGUGUAAUAGUGACUGUUAAAUGUCAUGUUAUGUUCUAAAGAAGUCUUAAGGUUUUUUUCCCCUCAUCAUAUUGAUUAACUUUUAAUAUGGUUGUUGUCAGUUAUGACGGUUUGUCAUUAGCAACAGAAAAUUAAACACCCGUGACAUACUGCAAUAUAGAAACGAGACACUACAGUGUAUGCAUUCUUAUUAAGCGUGCAGUGCAGACACAGCUGGCACAGAAAGACUGUGCAUUGGCCCCCUCCCAGCCCAGAUAUUUCAACUGACCAAUUAUAUACAUGACAGAUUUAACUAUUCAUAGACUUUAAAUUUCAAGUGAUGCAAGUUAUCGCUUUAUUUGGAAGGGAACAAUCUGAGGUUGGGGGGCAGAUGCAUGGGAUUGUUAAUGGAUUUGCAGUGCUCCACCUGUAUCAUGGAGUGUAGAGUUGAGUACUGGGUCGAAUCAAAUCGGCGGUUUGGGAAUAGGAAUUCAACGGGUCUGUCCGACCAAGACUUUUUUUUUUGGUUUGAUUUCAUUUAUAUUCAGGUUAAAAUGUGAAUUCACUCCGAACUGUGUGUAUAGCUUAAUCACCCCAGAGUCUUAAAUGUGUAUUGGCUGCUCCAAUUCCUCAUUAUGCCUCCUUGUUAUAGUCACUCGUUUUAUACUAAGCUACUAAGCAUCAAAGGAAAGGUAUCACUCUUCUCAUAUUUGUGUGCCUAAUUGAUUUUGGCAUCGGUUGGAUUGGUUGAUCAUUCGUGGCCAGCACCUUUUGGUCACGGUGAAGUGAUCGGAGCUUUUCUGACAGGCCUAACUUUAUCAUAACUUCGUGGCGGAUGAAUAUUUGCAGGAUGUGAGCAGCCCAGAUGAUAAGCUGCAGCACGCUAGCUUGGUCCAGCCCCCAGUACUUAUUGGUUUCCUAAUAAGCGCUGGCAUGUGAUUUCACAGGGCUUCACGCUCCGGACUAAAUGGCCUCGUCUGUGCCCACUCACCCCUGGUGAGGUGAUGUUGUGCUUCUGGAAUAGCCCGAGACACCCAAGGGCAUUGUGGGUCAGUCAUGAAUGAUACAUUGAUACAUGAUGCAAUCAAACCGAUGCCAAAACAUUUUGUCAUUAUGCAAAUUCCUUCUAUUUAAUUUUCAGAAAAAAAAAAAAACUGAGUGUUAAGUCUCUUUUGAUGUUCAGUAUCUUAAUGUAAUAGUAAUCAUAUAAUGGACUCCUUUUUCAGUGAGCCUAUUUAAAUUUUUGUUUUCUUCAAUAUUCAGCUGUUAGUAGGAAGGUUGGGUAAUACUAAAAUGGGAGAGUAUUGUUUUGUUGUCAUAAGCCUGAAAGUAAGUGUUUGAUUUGGUAGGUAUUGAAAAAAAAAGUUGAUGGGUUUGGAAAGUAAAUAUUCCUGUGAAAGUAUAAUUCAUUUGUCAGGAAUUUAGCAUUAUUAGCCAGUACAGAAUCAUAUGAUUAUGAUAAUGAUCUGUAGAAGAGUUGUCAUUGGUCUUGAGUAAUGGGACCCCGAGGAAGGAGAGGAGGAAGAUGAUUGGUCGACAUGUGUUUUUUAGUAGAUAAACAUUUUUGUUAUUGCAAUAAUUAGCAAUAAUUCACAUUCAGACGUUUUACCAUGUAAACAGGUGUUUGUUUGGUUAUUCUAUUAUUAAUGAAGUAAUAUAAGUGAAGUCUGUUUUAAUUCAACUGUUCACUUGAAUAGUUUGCUUGUUUAUAUAGUUUCUCUAGUAUGCAAAGAAUACCUCCAUAUCAAUAAGAUUUAGGAAUGAUUCUAGAUUUUAAUUGCAAUAUUAUUUAUUAGAAUAAUUUCACUUCUUCUUUUAAAAUAUCUAAAUACUGAUGGUCAAUUUUAUUUCAAAACAAAGACAAUCUUGAUAAUAUUUUAAUGUGUAAAGCCAUAAUUGAAAGCAAUAAUUAAGUAAACCAAAGAUUACAAAGAUUGAGCUCCCGAAAUUGAGGCAUACAAAGAAACAUAUCCGAUGAAGAAAUUAUUAAAUACUGAAUUUUGCACUGUUUUUCAGUCCUUAAAUGCUUGCCUUUGAGAGACAUUUCUUUAGACUAUGAACACUUUAGGAAAUUUGUGUAUUUUUAUUCCGAUUUUCUUGUUCCUCUUGUCAUGUUCUGUACAGGGGGGGAAAUUGUUUUCUCAUUUUUAUUCUUCUGUAGGAAUCCUGCACUCCGUUCAUUUUUCUUCCACGGUCCUCACAAAGCCAGAGAGACCAGUUAAGUAGAAAAAUUAGCGUAAAUAAGAAAAAUACCAGCAUAAUCAUUUCACUAACAGUCAACAUGUGUGAGGUGAUCAAUCAGAGCAUUGCAAAUUGGAGACAGACAGAAGUGUUGGAGGGUAAUUUAAAACUUUAUUGUGUUCAAAGGUGUAUUGUGUAUACACACUAAAUAGUGUAUUUAAGAGUGCAGAAUUGCUACUAAGAAAUGGGGACUUGAUUAUGUGUACUCCUACCCGGUUUUUCACUUGAAGUAUGUAUUACAGUGCCCCUGAUGUGCAAGAAUUUAUGCCUGUUUAUCUUGUAAAACUAGAGUGCAUUCAAUUGAAUUGAGUGCACUAGAAGUCCCUAAGCAGUUUGCUGUUUAUCAGUCUCUGUUCAGCGUGAAUGUACUUUAUAAGUUCAUGUUGUUGUUAUUUUUAUAAGUUCUAUUAUUUGUGUUGUUUUAUGUAAUUUAUUUGUGUUGUUUUUAUAUAAAAACAUUCUAUGAGAUUUAUAUAAAUCUAUUUGGUGUAUGCAGUUUUCAUAUGAUUAAUGCUGCACUGUUUGCAUUGUGUGUGCAUGUGGUCAUUUUGUCUGCAUUUCAUCAUUUGUGUGAAUGUGUGUCUGUAAGUAUAUGCAAUAUUUCAUUAUACUUACAAAUUUCCUCAAUUCAGAAAUAAAUGUUCUUUUUUGUUGAAAGAUCA